UUUCUAGACUAACUGGCCAUGUGUGAUGGACUCUGGAAUUUCCGACAGAGGAGUGUUUCCUCCUCCUCCUCAUCGCUCCUUCUCUGUGAACAACAGGAGGAAGUUCUGCUCUCUGACUCUUUCCUCCUCAUAGUCUCAUUUCCCUCCAACACUCCACUGCUCAUCUGAAGCUGCUCCUGCUCACUAACAUGGACGCCCUGACUCUGACUGUACUCCUGCUCCUCAGCUCCUGCUCCGUCUCUGGAUUCCUCGUCAUGCUGACCCCCCAGAGGUUGUGUUUGAUAACGCGAGGUCAGGUCGUCAUCCUGGGACAAUGUGAUGUCACUAAUCCAGCUCAUCAGUGGGCGUGGACAGGUGAGGCCCAGUUGAUCCACGCUCAGUCCUCCAGGUGUCUCUGGGCCGAUCCCAGCCCUCACCUGCCGGGCCACGCCCGCCUUGCCAAACUCAGCAACUGCAGCAGAGCGCCGGUGUGGAGCUGCUCCGGCAGCGAGGGAGCAUUCGGAUUGGCCGAGACUCACCUGUAUCUGAGGAAACUGGGGUCCCGGGUGGUGGUGGGAGGAGACCUGCGGAGCUCCAGGUGGAGGAGGUACAACAUGGACUCAGGAGGGACUCAGCUGAUCACGUCUUUAUGUCCUGACACAGACUCCACCCCCCACUCCUCCAUCUUUUACUCCUCCACUCAGAAACCUGUGGGGCUUAGCACUGUCAGUCCUGUGACGGAUCAGUUCUCAGUGAGGAGCAUCAGACUGAGACACUUCACCACCUCUGAUGACGGUGGAACCAGACCUCGGACCAGGAGGUCGGUCACAUUAAAUCCUCAUCUCUCUCCUUCAGUCACGGAGCUCAGCAGUGUCUCUUCCAGUCCACCUGAGUCCACCCCUGACCUAUCAGAGAGCUCGUCUGUUGGGGCCGAGGCCAGGACUUUGUCAGGACAAAGACUUGUCCUCACCAGGUCCUCCACCUCGGACUGGACCGAGACCAAGACUCUGGUCUCAGGAGCCAGAUCUGGUCUCACGUUCACGUCCGAGGAUUCGACUGAGACCGAGUCCACGUCAGCUGCUUCACCUGGUUCUGAGUCAGACCACCAUCACACAUCUGCUCCAACAACUGAGGAGGAGACCAGCGCUUCACCUGCAGACACAGCUACACCUCCACCUGUCACCACUCAUCCACCCUCUACACUUGACCUGACGUCUGUCACAGAGACUGAUCCACCACACACACCUCCAGCUCCGCCCUCCACGUCCCAGACUUCACCUUCACCUCCCUCCACACCGCAGAUGCUCUCCACCCAUCAUCCAGAGACCUCCACCACCACUCACACUGCUCCACCCACAUCUCCAACAGCUGGGCCGAUGUCUACAGGAGGGAUCACCGCCUCAGCACCAUCUGUCCCACCAACCAAUCACACAGAUACACCUGCAACCACAACCAAAACCACACCUGUGACCACACCUGUGACCACACCUGUGACCACACCUGUGACCACACCUGUAACCACACCUGUGACUACACCUGUGACCACACCUGCUAAGACACCUCUGACCACACCUGUAACCACACCUGUAACCACACCUGUGACCACACCUGUAACCACACCUGUGACUACACUUGUGACCACACCUGCUAAGACACCUCUGACCACACCUGUAACCACACCUGUAACCACACCUGUAACCACACCUCUGACCACACCUCUGACCACACCUGUAACCACACCUGUAACCACACCUCUGACCACACCUCUGACCACACCUCUGACCACACCUGUAACCACACCUGUAACCACACCUCUGACCACACCUCUGACCACACCUGUAACCACACCUGUAGCCACACCUCUGACCACACCUCUGACCACACCUGUAACCACACCUGCUACCACACCUGUGACCACACCUGUAACCUCAACCACAUCCACUACAACUACCACAACCAAAGUUGCCACCACACCUGUAACCACACCUGUGACCACACCUCUGACCACACCUGUAACCACACCUGUAACCACACCUCUGACCACACCUGCUACCACACCUGUAACCACAACCGCAUCCACUACAACUCCUACAACCAUGGAAACUGCCACCACAACCAAAGUUGCCACCACACCUGUAACUACACCUGUGACCACCAUCACUCCUACGACGACAGCAACCACAGGAACUGUAACAUCCCUCAGGAUGACGACCAUCACCCAGACCACUCCACCCACCACCACGGCCAGAACAACCACACCUGUGCAGACCUCCUGCUCAGUGAACCUGACAGAGACCAGGUCUGGUUCAGACUCGGUCCAGCUGACGGUGACCACCGCCGGUCGGUCCUGUAACUUCAGCCUGGUCACUGGGGACGACUCCAGGUCCGAGUCCACAGACUGUGACCUGCACGGACUCACCGGGACCUUCAUCUGUCAAGUCUGGGGUCUGGACCCGGGGACUCUGUACCGGUUCACGGUGGUUUCCAGGAUGGACGGAGAGAAGAGCAGCACAUCGGUACAGACAGACCCAGUUGGUCCGGCUCGUCUGGAGGUCCAUGUGGACUCUUCAGGUCUGAGUGUGUCCUGGUCUCGCUCUGCCGGUCAUGUAGACUGGUACGAUGUGACUCUGGAGGACUCCGUAUCCACCCGCAGCACCAGGAUCCUGGGAUCUGCCCCCCCCUGGUCUGCAUUCAGUUCUCUGGUCCCUGGUUCUCUGUACUGGGUCAGUGUGGUGGCUACAGCUGGGAACAGGAGCGCCACACCUGUCCGCACCACGGCAGCUACAGUCCCUUCCUCCGUCCGCGGCCUCCAGGUGGUGUCCUUGUCCUCAGGUGCCCUCUGGGUCUCCUGGCAGGUGGGUCCGGGCAGAACUGAGCGGAUCAGGGUUCUGCUGAUGGACGAGGACGGGAUUCUGUUGAGGAACGUCAGUCUGAAGAACACGACAACCUCGGCCAAGCUGGACGGGCUGCGGCAGGGGACCCUGUAUGCUGUCACCGUGGUAACAGAGGCCGUCGGCCUGCAGAGCUCCGCCUCCGAACAGGCCGUCACAGUCCCUGCAGCUGUGACAGAUCUGAGGCUGGAUCACAACGGCAGCUCAGACCGUCUGCUGGCCUCCUGGGUCUCACCUGAGGGGGGUGUAGACGUCUACCUGCUCACCCUGUCGGCUUCGGGAUCGAUCCCCCAGCAGCGCCGCCUCACCCCCAAUGUCACCCAGGUGGUGUUUGAGGGUCUGACUGCGGGUCGCAGCUAUGAUCUGUCAGUUCAGACCAGAGCUGGAGGACAGAGUUCAGAGACCAGGACCUCAGGGAGGACAGUGCCGGGCCGGGUGUCGGCUCUCUCCCUGUCUCCUCUCGGUGACGGCAGGACUCUGAGGCUCAGCUGGACGCCCCCCUCAGGUGACUGGGAGAACUACAGCGUCCUACUGAGGAACGGCUCAGGGGUCCUGAUGAACCAGACCGUCGGUAAACUGAUACGACAGUUCACCUUCUCCGUCCUCGGCCUCGGCCUGGUGCCAGGACGACUCUACAGGGCAGAGGUCACGGUUCACAGCGGCAUUCUGGGUAACACAGCGUCAUGCUCCGGACGACUGGUUCCUCGCUCCGUGCAGCAGCUGCUCGUCCGCCACGCCGAUGAAGCGUCUCUGAGCAUCGUGUGGAGUCGACCUCUCGGCGAGUGGGACAGCUUCACCAUACUGCUCAGACUGGUGGACUCCGCUGCCCCAGUGGCUCAGAGGAUCCUCCCCUGGGAGUCCAGAGAGUGCACCUUCAACAUGCUCACCUCAGGACGCCGCUACACCGUCACUGUGGCGACCAACAGUGGAAACCUGAGCAGCUUGGCCUCCGUGACAGCGUGGACCAGUCCGGCUCAGGUCAGCAGGCUGCAGGUCUCUAACCUCGGCACCACCGACAGCCUUCAGGCUCAGUGGGACCGGGCCUCUGGGGACCUGGACUCUUAUCAGGUCCUGCUGGUCCACGACAGCAGUGUCAUUAAGAACGAGAGCGUGGACGCUGACGCCACUGACAUCAGCUUCCACUCUCUGAGACCUGGCGCUCUGUACAGGGUGGUGUUAACCACCGUCAGAGCUGGACUCACGUCCAGACAGACGGUGGCAGAGGGACGCACCGUCCCAGCUGCCGUGGGUGAGGUGACGGUCAGUAAUAACGGUCGAAUGGACUUCCUGAGCGUGUCGUGGCGUCCGGCUGCAGGUGAGGUGGAUAGUUACCUGGUGACUCUGAGGGACCGGGAGAAGACGGUUCACACUUUUCACGUUUCUAAAUCCAGUCCUGAGUGUGUUUUUAACUCUCUGGUGUCCGGACGCCUCUACAACAUCUCCAUCACCUCCCGCAGCGGCAGCUUCCAGAACCACACCUUCGUCCAGGAGAGAACACAGCCAUCAAAGGUCCAGAACCCGACGGCAACCCACGCCGCCCGGGACGACUACCUGAGGGUUUACUGGCGUCACGCGGCUGGAGACUUUGACCUGUACCAGGUGUUCAUCAAACACAACAACGUGUUUCUGCAGAACCAGACAGUGCCGAAGACCCAGAGUGAGUGUGUGUUCAGCGGCCUGGUGCCCGGCAGACUCUACACUGUGCUGGUCAACACCCGCAGCGGGAAGUAUGAAACCAGCGCCUCCACCCACGGCAGGACCUUCCCAGCAGCAGUCCGGACCCUGAUCCUGGCCGGGCAGGGAACAGAGGACCUGAAGGUAACGUGGUCAGCGGCUCCAGGUGACGUGGAUCACUAUGAGGUGCAGUUACUGUUCAAUGACAUGAAGGUGUUUCCUCCCGUGACCCUGGGCAGCGGCGUGGGUGAGUGCGUCCUAUCAUCGCUCACACCUGGACGACUUUACAAGAUCCUGGUUUCAACCUUCAGCGGCCCAAACCAACAGGCCCAGUUCAUCGAGGGACGCACAGUUCCCAGUAAAGUGAAGAACAUCCACGUCAGUAACAGUGGUGACAGCAGCAGUCUGAAGGUUAGCUGGACUCCAGGUCAGGGCGACGUGGACGGGUACUCAGUGUUUCUGUUCAGAGACAGCCGACAGCUCGACGUUCGCCGAGUCCUCAAACACCAGAACGAGGUGAUGUUUGGCUCGCUGCAGCCGGGACAGUUGUACGGUGUGACAGUGCAAUCGGUGAGCGGAGAGCUGGUCAACAACAACACGGCUUCAGGUCGCACAGUCCCCUCAGCAGUGACGGGGCUCCAGGUGGAUAACCUCCACACCACCUGCAGCCUCCAGGUGAACUGGCAGGAAGCUCUGGGCGUGGCUGACGGAUACAUCCUGCAGGUUCUGGACGACAGAGGCAGUCUGGUGACAAACUGCUCUCAGCCCUCUGGACACACCAGCCACAGGUUCGAUGGCCUCACCCCAGGAAAGAAGUACAGAGUCCUGGUCCAGACCACCAGCGGGGGGGUCCACAGCUUGGGCGUCAGCACCGAAGCUCGGACACGCCCUGCAGCUGUCACCGACCUGUCCAUUAAAGCCAACACCACCACCAGCCUGUCCUUCCUCUGGUCUCCACCAGAGGGAGACUUUGAGCUGUACGAGAUCUUGUUGUUUAACGGAGACGACUCGCUGAGGGAGAAACGACCAGUUCCGUCCAGCCAUCAGCAGUAUUCCUUCCAGGGUCUCAGACCUGGAGCUCCCUACAGGGUGGUGGUCCUGACUCACAGCGGGGAGCAGACCAACCAGUCCUCCAUCUGGGCCAGGACAGUCCCAGCAGCCGUCCUGUCUCUCAGGGCUCAGAGUGGAAACCAGUCUGGUACUCUGUGGGUGAACUGGGAUCGUGGUGGUGGCGAUCUGAGUGGGUACCUACUGUCUCUCUACGACCCCGACGGUUCCCAGCGGGCCGAGCAGCACUUGGGGUCAGAGGUCACCGAGUUCGUCUUCUCAGGCCUGGUCCCAGGUCGAUUGUACCGAGCUGAGGUGCUGAGUCUGAGUGAAGAGCUGAGCAACAGAGCGGGGACUCUGGGUCGGACCGCUCCCAGACCUCCGACCUCCUUCCUGUUCGGGGGGGUCACCAACACCUCCCUGGAGAUCACGUGGAGCGGCCCCGUGGACUCAGACUAUGAUGACUUCGACCUGCAGUGGACUCCUGAGGACCAGCUGUCUGUCAUCAAUCCAUAUCACAGCCGGACGUCCGGCAGCCGAAUCCUGAGGGGGAUGUUCCCUGGGCGACUCUACACCUUCAGCCUCCGCACCAUCAGCGGCGCCACGGAGCCCGGGGCCACAUCCACCUACAGCACACCCAUCCACAAGAAGAUCCGAACCAAGCCGGAGCGAGUUCAUAGCCUCCACUGUCACCCUGAGAGCUCCACCUCCAUCUCCUGCUCCUGGGCGCCUCCAGUGGCCGACUAUGACUCCUACACUGUUGAGUGUCUCCACCAGGACUCACAGACCCUGGUCUACUCCAGACGCACCAGACGCAACUCCACCUCCUACGUCAUCACCCAGCUGGAGCCCCACAAAUGCUACACCGUUUCUGUGAAGGUGAUCUCAGACACGGCAACCAGUGAGGAGGCUCAGGAGAGCGUGGUCACCAUGAUUGACCGUCCUCCAGUGCCCCCCCUCAGCACCCGGGUCAGCGAUAAGUCCACCGUGAUCACCAAGUCCUCCAUCGUCUUCAGGUUUAACUGCAGCUGGUUCAGUGACGUCAACGGAGCCAUCAGGUUCUUCACUGUGGUGGUGACCGAGUCUGAAGGUGUUGAUAACUUGCAGCCGAGGCAGCAGCACCCCCUGCCCUCCUACGUGGACUAUAAAUCCAACUCCUCUGUCAAGUCCUACCAGACCAGUUUCUUCCCCAGUCACUGCAGCCAGGGCCCCGACCCCCCCCACAGCUUCGAGGUCAGCGUGGGGACGGGGAUGAAGAUGCUGGGGGGGACCUGCGAACGCAGAAAUGCAGAUCCAGAGACCAGCAGACACCUGAACCAGUUCUGUGACGGUCCACUGAAACCUAAAACUGCCUACAGGAUCAGUGUUCGAGCUUUUACUCAACUGUUUGAUGAAGAGGACCAUGACUUAACCGUCGCCUCUCCUCUGUUCACUGACACCUACCUGUCGCUGCCCAUGGUUACCGGGGCUGAGCCUCUGAGUGGAGUCAUUGAAGGUGUCAGCGCCGGUCUGUUCCUCAUCGCCGUGAUGAUCAGUGUCACCGUUCUGCUUGUCUGCAGACACAAGGCUCACAAAGUAGUGGAGGAUCAGGAGGUCAGGAUGAGUGUGAGGAGAGAGAGAGCGACAUCAGGAGGUCAGCUGGGGGUCAGAGGCAACCGUCGUAUUGCCAGUCCCAUCAAGAUCAUGAACUUUGAGUCUCACUACAACACACUUCAGGCAGACUCCAACUACCUGCUGUCAGGGGAGUACGAGGAUUUGAAGGACGUUGGCCGGAAUCAACCUCUGGACUCAGCUCUGCUGCCAGAGAACCGAGGGAAGAACCGCUACAACAACAUCCUGCCUUACGACUCCACCAGAGUGAAACUGUCUUACGUAGAUGAUGAUCCCUGCUCUGACUACAUCAAUGCCAGCUACGUCCCUGGGACUAACUUCCGGAGGGAGUACAUUGCCACUCAGGGCCCUCUGCCGGGAACUAAAGACGAUUUCUGGAAGAUGGUCUGGGAGCAGAACGUCCACAACAUCGUGAUGGUCACUCAGUGUGUGGAGAAAGGAAGGGUGAAGUGUGAUCACUACUGGCCCUUUGACCAGGAUCCUCUGUACUACGGAGACCUGAUCGUCCAGAUGUUGUCAGAGUCUGUUCUGCCUGAGUGGACGAUUCGAGAGUUCAACAUCUGCAGCGAGGAGCAGCUCAGAUUCAGUCGUCUGGUUCGUCAGUUCCACUACACCGUGUGGCCCGAUCACGGAGUCCCAGAAACCACCCAGUCCCUAAUCCAAUUUGUCCGAACCGUCAGGGACUACAUCAACAGGACCCCUGGAUCUGGACCCACCGUGGUCCACUGCAGCGCUGGUGUGGGUCGGACUGGGACCUUCAUAGUUCUGGAUCGAGUGCUGCAGCAGCUGGACUCCAGAGACUCUGUGGAUAUCUACGGCUCUGUCUUUGACCUGAGACUUCACCGAUCACACAUGGUGCAGACGGAGUGUCAGUACAUGUACCUCCAUCAGUGUGUCAGAGAUGUGCUGAGAGCCAGGAAGCUGCGCAGCGAACAGGAGAACCUACUCUGCCCGGUCUAUGAGAAUGUGAAUUACCACGCUCAGAGAGAGACGCUGAGCACCAGGCGCUAACCACUGUACUGAGACUGAACAGGAUCUGUUUAAAACCACAGAGAAAACUUUAUUAUUUAUGUAACAGGAGCUGCAUAAUAUCUGUCUGUGUCUGUAUAUAUUUCUGCUCUGUAAAUGAUGUGUUUAAUGACGUGUUUAUAAGCUAAUAUAUUUAUACCUUUCACCUCCAGUACAUCACAGAAAACAUGGUCAGAGGAUGAUUCACACAGAGAAAUCAGCUGCUUCAUGUUUCAGUCAGUCUGUUUUCAUGAAGACACAAAACACUGUAUAUUCACAGAAAAACUUUAAAUUCACAGAAAAACUUCAUGUUCACUGUAAAGUCACAGUUUGGACUAAACAUCCUCAGACCUGAACUGUUUCUGUGUUCAGCUCCUUUAAUGUUGUUUAAAGUGUUUUUAUAAACAACCUGAGCAGCAGCUUCUGUAACAUUUCAUUCAUUAAACAGGAAACAUGA